AAUAGGAUUAAACACUGUGUCAUCAAAUUGAUAGGACACAGCUAAAUCCCCGACACGGAUGAAAAUUAAAGCAGAGAAAAACGAAGGUCCUUCCAGAAGCUGGUGGCAACUUCACUGGGGAGAUAUUGCAAAUAACAGCGGGAACAUGAAGCCGCCACUCUUGGUGUUUAUUGUGUAUCUGCUAUGGUUGAAAGACAGUCACUGCGCACCCACUUGGAAGGACAAAACUGCUAUCAGUGAAAACCUGAAGAGUUUUUCUGAGGUGGGGGAUAUAGAUGCAGAUGAAGAGGUGAAGAAGGCUUUGACUGGUAUUAAGCAAAUGAAAAUCAUGAUGGAAAGAAAAGAGAAGGAACACACCAAUCUAAUGAGCACCCUGAAGAAAUGCAGAGAAGAAAAGCAGGAGGCCCUGAAACUUCUGAAUGAAGUUCAAGAACAUCUGGAGGAAGAAGAAAGGCUAUGCCGGGUGUCUUUGGCAGAUUCCUGGGGUGAAUGCAGGUCUUGCCUGGAAAAUAACUGCAUGAGAAUUUAUACAACCUGCCAACCUAGCUGGUCCUCUGUGAAAAAUAAGAUUGAACGGUUUUUCAGGAAGAUAUAUCAAUUUCUGUUUCCUUUCCAUGAAGAUAAUGAAAAAGAUCUCCCCAUCAGUGAAAAGCUCAUUGAGGAAGAUGCACAAUUGACCCAAAUGGAGGAUGUGUUCAGCCAGUUGACUGUGGAUGUGAAUUCUCUCUUUAAUAGGAGUUUUAACGUCUUCAGACAGAUACAGCAAGAGUUUGACCAGACUUUUCAAUCACAUUUCAUAUCAAAUACAGACCUAACUGAGCCUUACUUUUUUCCAGCUUUCUCUAAAGAGCUGAUGACAAAAGCAGAUCUUGAGCAAUGUUGGGACAUUCCCAGCUUCUUCCAGCUGUUUUGUAAUUUCAGUGUCUCUAUUUAUGAAAGUGUCAGUGAAACAAUUACUAAGACGCUGAAGGCGAUAGAAGAUUUACCAAAACAAGACAAAGCCCCUGACCAUGGAGGCCUGAUUUCAAAGAUGUUACCUGGGCAGGACAGAGGACUCUGUGGGGAACUUGACCAGAAUUUGUCAAGAUGUUUCAAAUUUCAUGAAAAAGGCCAAAAAUGUCAGGCUCACCUAUCUGAAGACUGUCCUGAUGUACCUGCUCUGCACACAGAAUUAGACGAGGCGAUCAGGUUGGUCAAUGUAUCCAAUCAGCAGUAUGGCCAGAUUCUCCAGAUGACCCGGAAGCACUUGGAGGACACCGCCUAUCUGGUGGAGAAGAUGAGAGGGCAAUUUGGCUGGGUGUCUGAACUGGCAAACCAGACCCCAGAAACAGAGAUCAUCUUUAACUCAAUACAGGUAGUUCCAAGGAUUCAUGAAGGAAAUAUUUCCAAACAAGAUGAAACAAUGAUGACAGACUUAAGCAUUCUGCCUUCCUCUAAUUUCACACUCAAGAUCCCUCUUGAAGAAAGUGCUGAGAGUUCUAACUUCAUUGGCUACGUAGUGGCAAAAGCUCUACAGCAUUUUAAGGAACAUUUUAAAACCUGGUAAGAAGAUCUAAUGCAUCCUAUAUCCAGUAAGUAGAAUUAUCUCUUCAUCUGGGACCUGGAAAUCCUGAAAUAAAAAAGGAUAAUGCAAUAAACAUAGUUGCAGGAAAGUAUGUUAGCUAUAUACUAUGAAGUACUCUUAGUUUACUUAUGUUGAAUGGCUUAGCUAUUAAUACUCAAAUUGAGUUAAAAUGAAAAGUCCUCCUUAAAAAAUCAAACGUAAUAUGUAUUACAUUUCAUGGUACAUUAGUAGUUCUUUGUAUAUUGAAUAAAUACUAAAUCACCUAGGUGUCUAUGUUCUAUCACAUCUACAAACAUGUCACUUCCUAGUUAACAAAAUGUUCUUCCUUUAGUUUGCUUUUGCACUUAAAAUAUAUAUAAUUGACUUUUUUGGAGAAAAA